CCAACAAGCCCAGCCCAACCCAAUUCAAUUGGAUUCUUCUCCGCCGCUCCACGUCAUCUUCGAUCCGUAUAAAUGGAAACGCCCGUCUAAUUUCCACUUCAAUUCUCGGUCCUGACUCUGUCUAGGAUUAGGGUUUUAACAUCUCCUUUUUUUCACUUUCCCUUCCUAUUACAUCAGCAAUGGAUCCGAUUAAGAAGAGGAAGCUCGAUGAAAACGGCGUUCUAUUACACGAUCCAGACGGCGCCGUCGCCGCAGGAAUGGUACCUUUCAAGCUUUCCGUCGAAGACGCGCGUAAAAUCCUCGAACCCUUUUCCCGCGAACAGCUACUUGAGAUCGUCCAAUCAGCCAUCCUUCACCACGUGGACGUUCUCGACCUAGUACGAUCCAUCGCCGACCGGGACCCAGCACAGAGGAAGCUCUUCAUCCGCGGCCUUGGUUGGGAAACCACGACGGACAAGCUGCGAGCUCUCUUCUCCCAAUACGGUGAUCUCGAAGAAGCUGUUGUAAUUCUCGACAAAGUCACUGGAAAAUCCAAAGGUUAUGGCUUUAUCACUUUCAAGCAUAUUGAUGGGGCUAUGGCAGCUCUUAAGGAACCUAGUAAGAAAAUUGAUGGUCGGAUGACGGUUACUCAGCUAGCGGCUGCUGGUGUGUCUGGUGGGCCGGGUGGCGGAGGGGGGAAUAAUCAGGUGGAUGUUUCGGAUAGGAAGAUUUAUGUGGCAAAUGUACCUUAUGAUAUGCCGGCUGAGAGGCUAUUAGCUCAUUUUUCCAUGUAUGGCGAAAUAGAAGAGGGACCAUUAGGCUUUGAUAAGGCAACGGGGAAAUCGAGAGGGUUUGCUUUAUUUGUGUAUAAAACUGCCAAUGCUGCGAGGGCGUCUUUGGUGGAUUCUGUAAAGAAUAUAGAUGGGCAUCAGUUGAACUGUAAACUUGCUAUUGAUGGGAAGAAGAAGCCAGGUCCUGGAGGGCCUCAGGGUGGUAAUGAAGGGAACAAUGAUGGUAUUGGGGUGGGGAUGCCUGGUGGGAUUGCUGCGCAAUAUGGUGGGCACGGUGGAGUUGGUGGUGUUACUGGAUAUAGUGGAUUUUCUGUGCCUUCUGUGGGUGGGAAUCAAUUGAAUUCGUCAUUAGGUAGUGGUGGUGGCGGCGUUGGUGUUGGUGGUCCAGGGAUGCCCGGUAUUGGCAGCCAAGGGAUGGGGUCUAAUUUAGGUGUUAGUGGUGGACUUGGUCCUUAUGGUGGCGGGACGCAUUACGGUGGGCCUGGUUCUACUGGAUAUGGUGGGUUGGGUGGAGCUGGUGGAGGAUUGAGUGGUGUUGGGAGUGGAGUUGGCGGUGCUGGUCGUGGUUCUUUUUAUGGAUUGCCACCAAGCUCAGGUGGUAUGCCAACUGGAGAUUAUCAACAGGGGGCACACUAUGGCUUAUCUUCGUCUGGAUAUCAAAGCCAGCAUCAUCAGACAGCAGGAACCUCACCAGCUCCCAGAGUUCCAACUGGGGGAAUCUACCAAGGGGUGCCUCCUUAUUAUUGAGGUGUGUGAAAGCUUGUUGGCGCAGUUGCUUUUUAUGGUUCUGGUGAUUUCGUGCAGACAAUAUGAACUCUGGCUUCAUGAUUUUGAUUUGCUGUGUAGUUUGGCUCUUCGAUACAUCUGCGCUUCAUGAUGUCAUCAAGUGAAAUGCUAGUAAUCUAAGUGACUGAGUUUUUUGUAUUUCUGAUCUAGAGCUUCUAUGCAAUUUGAGUCUGUACGAACUUAUUUAGAUUGCUAUGUGUUUUUAGGGAAAAAGAUAUGAAUUGGACUGACUUUAGUUGUUUGUUUUGCUGCUGGUGCAGCUGACUUUUGCUUAUGGCAUUUGACUUUAAUUGGUUCUGAUCUGUCUUUGGAGCAUCUGCCAUAUUUUUAGAUGCUAUGUUAUUUUUUAUGUGUUUGUUUGCCUUUUUUGGUUUCCUUGUGUAGUAUUCUGUCAAUUAGACAUUGCAUUUACAGUUGUCACCUUCCAGGCGUAAUCUAGAAUCCACCACAAAUACAAAUCCUUGAUAAUUUUCUUUGAAGUGAGUUAGAGUGUGCAUUAGGUGAAUUAGACUAAAAGAGCAUUUUUUUGGUUUCUCUCUUUGGGGCAAAAAGAAUGGAGGAAAUGAAAACAGAGGCACGAUAAGGAAAAUUGUCUACAUUAAAUUUUGAAAAUUUCAGUUGGAAGCUAAAUGUUAGGUAAGUGAAUUAUCUUCAUCUAGUGAAAAAACAUACAAUUAUGUGUUGCACUUGGAAAGACAACCAUUUAUGUGUUGCACUGACAUUUGAACUCUGAUUGCUUGACGGUAUCAUUUAUCGUGGAAAAAUUGGAUGAAAGUUUUCUUGUUAAUCAGGUAUUUUUUGCACUCCGAUUCUUGUGGAAAAUUCUUGUAGUUCUUGAGUUGUGUCUUCUUGGAGUGGUCAACCAACCCCUGAUUGGCUUGUCCUACGUCUCAACACGAGUAUAAAUCAUGCAGUGUUCUAGCAAGCUAGUCAAAUUGAAUUGUUACCAUUGGACACAAUAUUUUGCUAAUAGUUUUUGUUUUCUAUAUACAAUUUAGGCAUCAGAAGAUAUUUCUGUGAGUAGAUUUUGUGGCUUAGCCUGAGCACCGAUGCAUCUUUUUGAUGCUUUAGCACGAGAGGUGGUGUAUCUUAAUGCCUGGCCUUAAGAAUUUGCUUUCUUAAUCGGGCUAUUUAUUCUUCGAUUCUGAAGAAUUUUGGAUUUUUAGUAAAUAAACUAUGGUCUAAUUGUUAUGUGUUCCUGUUGACUUGUUUUUAGAAAUUGAAGUGGCGCAUGUAGGUAUUUUGUUUUACUGAAGUUCUGCUCUCUCAUCUGUCUCCUUCAAUGGAACCUUAAGCUCUUAGUCUUAUGUUCUUUUGGUGAAAUGUGUUGGUUGGUAUGCAUUCUCUGUUUUAGAAAAUUUUCUAUUGAAAGCGGAUGAGAUUGAACUGGUAAUCAUUUGGAGAAGUUCUUUAGAUGCCCAAGUUGGAAAGAAGAUGACACAUCAGCAAACCUGUUUGGUAAGCCAAUAGUCGUAUGUAGACUUUAUCUAAGACCGAGAACUCAUAUCUAUAUGGCAGAAACUGCUGGAAAAAUGAUCAACAAAAAUCAGAACAGGAAGAGCAAAGAGAAAGCAGAGAAAAUUUGAGAUUGAUAAUAAGAAUGAAUUAGAAAUUUUAGAGUCACUUCUUUGUCCAUUAGUCAUUUUAUCACACUAACCCUAAAAAGACGUCAAAUCUGCAGGAAUUCAAGAGAGUAAUAAAUAUUUGCACCCUGUCAUUUGUCUUUAGGUUGACUGGUUUGUGAUUCCAUUUGUGGCCAAAACUCUCCUCCCUAGUUUCCAGUGACAUCAAUAAUGGACAUGUCAGAGGGUACAUUAUAGUCUUUUCAGUUUGUGAGCCUUGUAGUUCGGUCUAGUGCCUUUUUUGGGUGAACGGGGAAUUCUGCCAUGUUGCUUUAUUUGUUGAUUUACUCUCAUGACAGUGUUCCUAUGACUGAAUCGUCAAUUGUCCGGAGUGUGCUACUCCCUUCUUGAUGACUUGAUGAUGCCGUUGUCUAUAAUAAUAAGCUGUAAAUGUCCUUCGGAAUCACCCUUUGGUCAUAUAACUGACUUGGGGUGGCUAACAAUGGCUAAUGCUAUAUUGGCCCCAUCUGGGUAUGUUUGAAAUUGCCAUCCUAUAAGGUUCAGAAGUCCCUUUCCUCUUUGAGAUUGUGAAACAGUGUCCGCAUAAAUCUGCUGGAGCAAUCAAGGUUGCGGCAACUUGCCAAUCAUCUGGGCGACAGACAUGUUUGCCCGAAGAAAACAUACUAUCACAUCAUGGGGCGGUUAUAGAGGAAGUCUGGUUGAAUGUAAUGUACAUUUCGAUAAAUUCUUGGGCGGAUGUAAUCUGUUACCAUGUAUGAAAAUGUUCCCAGAUUGUUGCCUCUUUGGAAUAUCUUCCAGUCGAUUGUACGGAUGUUGAAUUUUUGUGUGGUCGCAUCAUGUUUUGAUUGAAGAAAUAAAGGAGCAGCAGAAGCAGCAAUGCUGUUAACUG